AUGCAGGUCGAAGCUUUGAGAAGCAAAGCUAACGAGGGACGAGUGAAUUCACCGUUGACUCGUUUCGAGGCCAUAGCAGCGCACAUAUGGCGGUGCGCCGCCAGGGCCUGGGCCGGCGACGGCGGCAAGGAGAUUCGCCUCGGAAUGUCUGUUGAAUUUCGGAGUCGUAUCGGGCUGCCCAAGUCCUAUCUGGGCAACGCCGUGCUGGACGUGGUAGCCUGCUGCGCCUCCGGGCAGCUGGUGUCGCAGCCGCUGGGGCAGGCGGCGGGGAAGCUCCGGGAAGCUCUGAAGAAGGUAGACGGUGAGUACCUGGAGAACACGUGCGGUUUUCUCAAGGGGGUCCAGGAUUUGAGCUGCUUCCAAGACCAGGAGCAGGAGCAGAUGAGUCGGCGGAAAGUGCUGGUGACGAGCUGGCUGACGCUGGAGCUGGAGGGCGUGGACUUCGGGUGGGGGAAGGAGGCUUCCGUAGUCCCGGUUGAGUACGGACAUGCAGGGGAGUGCUUGAUUCAGAACGAUAAAGCGAGAUCUGGAUCUGUUGUUGUGGUUGUCUGCCUUCAGGACAGUCAUAUUCAACCUUUUACCGACUUCUUCCUUCAAUAUUAA